AUGGAAAAGUUCGACGUCGCGGUAGUAGGUCUCGGUGCCCUUGGCAGCGCAGCAGCUUGGCAAGCGGCACGAAAGGGAGCAAAAGUCAUCGGUUUUGAACAGUUUGAGUUUGGCCACGUCCGGGGCGCGUCUCACGACACGUCUCGCAUCGUCCGCACAGCAUACGAUGCUCCAGAAUACGUCUCUCUCGCCAAAGCAGCGUAUAAUGACUGGGCCGAACUGGAGAAAGACGCCGGUUUGAAGCUUUUGACUGUCACCGGUGGUAUCGUGGUACUUGCGAAUGAUCGCACCUGGAAAUCCGGCUUCAAGGUCUCGGAUUACACUGCGAGCCUUGAUGCCAACAACGUACCCUACGAGCUUCUGAGGGCCAAAGAGGUCAAUAAGCGAUGGCCCAAGCUGGACAUUGGUGAUGACGAGAAUGCGGUGUACACUCCCGAUACUGGCAUUGCGCACGCGGCUAAAUCGGUCACGGCAAUGCAAUUCGUUGCUCGCGCUCGCGGAGCCAUUCUCAAAGAAAAUACACCAGUAACUGCAGUCAUACCAAUCGCGGAUGACCGAAACAACAAAGGAGUCAUCGUCAAGACAGAAAAGGGAGGUUUCCAUGCUCGCAAGGUCAUCCUGGCUGCAGACGCCUGGACAAACAAAUUGCUUGCUCCCCUCGGUGUACAGAUUUCACUUGAGGUCAUGCAAGAGCAAGUAACGUACUUCAAGCCUAAAGAGCCAUCUCUAUUUACUGCCGAGCACUUUCCUGUAUGGAUCCGGGUGGUUGAUGGAAAGACAUUCUACGGGUUUCCCACUUUCGGUGAACCUACCAUUAAGGCAGGCCGAGACGUGUCAAACAAUCACAUGAGCCCCGAAGAACGAUCAUACAUCCACUCUCCGAAGCUCUUGGAUGAGCUGACCGCAUUCAUGAAGGACUUUGUAACCAAAAAUGAGGAACUUGAGAUCCUUCGCACAGUUACAUGCCAAUACACGAUAACCCCGGGUCGACAAUUCAUACUCAGCGCACUAGAUCAGUAUCCCGACAUUUUGGUUGCGUUGGGGGCGGCUCAUGGUUUCAAAUUCGCACCUGUUAUCGGUCGCGUCAUGGCGGAGCUGGCUAUAGAUGGCAAGACAACUGAGGAUCUGUCCAAGUUUGUUAUACCGGUGAUUCAAUCAGUUGUUCGAAGUAAGAUCUAG